AUAAUCGUCGAUAAUCUAAUUUUCCAGGCCGUCGAAAUGGAUGGUUGGAGAUUAUUUUGGAAAGAUAGAUAUUAACAGGCAAUACAACUUCAAUACGCAGUUGAGCACAUUCCAAAAACUUUUGAAUUCGAGCGAAUUAGCCAAGUCUCAUCUAGCGAAGUCACGUCAGUUCCUGUCUCGUGGACAUUUGACGGCAAUGGUCGACUUCGUUUAUGGUGCUUUACAAUCGCUUACGUUUUGGUACAUAAACGCGGCUCCUCAAUGGAUGUCUUUCAAUGCUGGCAACUGGGAAAGACUUGAAAACAGCAUCAGGAACUUUUCUACCUAUCGUUCUUUGGACCUAGAUGUUUACACAGGUGUACACGGUCAAAUGACUUUGCCCAAUGCUCGUGGCAAACAGCAAGAUAUAUAUCUCUACGUCAAUGGCACGAAUAAAGCCGUUCCCGUCCCCAAGUUCUAUUGGAAAAUAAUCUAUGAUCCACGAAGCAAGAAAGGUACCGCGUUUGUCGGUUUGAAUGAUCCCUUUAUCAAAUCGAUCACUGAAGAUAUCUACAUAUGCUCGGAUAUCAGUUCCGAGAUCAAAUGGCUUCUGUGGAGACCUAACGAUAUCAAAGCCGGUAUCUCUUAUGCGUGCACCGUCGACGAUUUACGUAAAGCCGUACCGACCAUUCCUAAAUUUCAAACGGUUGGUAUUCUAACGUAAGAAUCGAUAAGAAUAAUUUCGAAAAAUUUUGUAUACUUUGCAAAAUAAAGGAUCAAAAAGAAUAUUUUCUCUAGUCGGUAGGUUCGAUUAUUAUCUUCGAUCUUUGAUACGUGCCGAUUAUGUCGUAAGUUCACACGGUUGACCUAAUUCCUCGACAAUCUUAUUAAUAAUAUAAAUUUUAGAGAAAAUUGCAAAUAAAUGUAUAUUAUUUAAUCGCAUGUGGCGCGUAUUAUUAAUUAUUAUUAAUCUAAAAAAAUUGAUUCAGCUGAUAUCGUAACAGUUCAUAAUUGAAAAGCUUUCUGAAUUACUACAGUUCGAACGAAGACGUCCACUCGGUGUGCCGUUGUACGGUAAAAUAAUUACUACGAUGUACAUAUAGAUAGAGAGUAUUUACGUAUAUGUAUGUGUACACAUACAUAUUAUAUUUUCAAACAAUAAUUGCAUUCGGAAUAAUAAUGGAAAAACAAUUAAUUCUACGUGCUGUUUACUCACGGGAAAUGACAAUGUACACCUACGAAAGAAAGAAAAAAAUAAAGUAAAAGAAAAAAACA